ACCAUCAUCAGCCCACACAAAAGGCCAAUCCUCAUGGGCUGAUGCCUUUUUAGCUUUUCCUGUUCACAACCCAAUAUCAUUGCUUCCCACCAAACCUCUGCACUCUCAACACGUACAACUAUGUACAGUGAAAACGUGGGCAUAAAGCUGGUGUUAGGUGGCAACCAUGGCAGAAGCAGUGGCAUUCAGCAGUGACGGAGUGGGAGCAUUGGGAUUUUGGAAAACCCAACAAUAUGGGUUUAUUUCUGGGGGUUUCAACAGGCCAUUGUUGAAGAAUUGUGUUCAUCGGCACCCAUCUUCUCCAUCUCGCCCCUUCAGAAAGAGGGUUAAGAAGAGGCUGAUUGGUGAAAGAUUAGUGAUCAAGAUGGCAGAAUAUGAAGGAAAGGUGGUCCCUGCAGAUUUCACUUCUGGAAAUAUGCUUUUUGAACCUAUCCUGGAGGAAGGGGUUUUCCGGUUUGAUUGUUCUUCAGAUGAUAGAGAUGCAGCAUUUCCCAGUCUUUCAUUUACUAAUCAGAAAAAUAGAGAUAUGCCAAUCAUGAAUCACAAGGUUCCUAUGUAUACCCCUACAUUUGAAUGUGUUUUGGGGCAACAGAUUGUUACAAUUGAGCUUCCCACUGGUACCUCCUUUUAUGGAACAGGAGAAGUUAGUGGACAGCUUGAGAGGACAGGGAAGAGAGUUUUUACGUGGAACACAGAUGCAUGGGGUUAUGGUUCUGGAACAACAUCCUUGUACCAGUCACAUCCUUGGGUUCUAGCUGUUCUUCCAAAUGGGGAGGCACUUGGGAUUCUUGCUGAUACAACACGGCGCUGCGAGAUUGAUUUGCGGAAAGAAUCAAUAGUAAAGUUUAGUGCUUCAUCCUCUUAUCCCAUCAUCACAUUUGGUCCAUUUGCUUCACCAACUGCUGUUUUGACAUCUUUAUCACAUGCAAUUGGAACUGUAUUUAUGCCCCCAAAGUGGUCCUUAGGCUAUCAGCAAUGCCGAUGGAGCUAUGAUUCUGCUGUGAGAGUUCUUGAGGUUGCCCGAACAUUCCGCGAGAAGGGAAUACCUUGUGAUGUCAUUUGGAUGGAUAUUGAUUACAUGGAUGGUUUUCAGUGUUUCACUUUCGAUCAGGAGCGUUUCUCAGAUCCAAAAUCUUUGGGGAAGGAUCUUCAUCUUAAUGGUUUCAAAGCAAUCUGGAUGCUUGACCCAGGGAUCAAACAAGAAGAUGGUUACUUUGUUUAUGAUAGUGGUUCUGCAAAUGAUGUCUGGAUUCAUAAAGCAGAUGGAACACCUUUUGUUGGGGAAGUAUGGCCCGGUCCUUGUGUUUUCCCUGACUUUACCCAGUCAAAAGCUCGUUCAUGGUGGGCCUGUUUAGUCAAAGAUUUUAUUUCUAAUGGUGUUGAUGGUAUAUGGAAUGAUAUGAAUGAACCAGCUGUUUUUAAGACUGUAACAAAGACAAUGCCUGAGGACAAUGUUCAUAGAGGAGAUGCUGAGCUUGGAGGUUGUCAGAAUCACUCACACUAUCACAAUGUCUAUGGCAUGCUGAUGGCAAGAUCAACAUAUGAAGGAAUGAAAUUAGCUAAUGAAAAUAAGCGUCCUUUUGUUCUCACUAGAGCUGGGUUUAUCGGUAGCCAGAGAUAUGCAGCAACAUGGACAGGAGAUAACCUUUCAAACUGGGAUCACCUCCAUAUGAGUAUCUCUAUGGUGCUUCAAUUGGGGCUUAGUGGUCAACCACUAUCAGGACCGGACAUUGGUGGAUUUGCUGGAAAUGCAACACCCAGGCUAUUUGGAAGGUGGAUGGGUGUGGGUGCUAUGUUUCCUUUUUGUCGCGGGCAUUCGGAAAUUGACACAGUUGACCAUGAACCCUGGUCUUUUGGGGAAGAGUGUGAAGAAGUUUGCCGUUUGGCAUUGAAAAGGCGGUACCGCUUGAUACCACACAUAUAUACUCUGUUUUAUAUGGCACAUACAACUGGUACUCCAGUGGCAACUCCCACCUUUUUUGCAGAUCCAAAGGAUCCCAGCUUGAGGACAGUUGAGAACUCCUUUCUCAUGGGACCACUUCUAAUAUAUGCAAGCACUAUACCUGAUCAGGGAUUGGAUGAAUUACAGCACAAAUUACCCAAAGGCAUUUGGCUGAGCUUUGAUUUUGAUGAUUCACAUCCGGAUUUACCAGCUCUAUAUUUGCAAGGUGGAUCGAUCAUUCCUUUGGGUCCUCCCCAUCAGCAUGUUGGUGAAGCUGAUCCAACAGAUGACUUAACACUCCUUGUUGCUCUAGAUGAACAUGGGAAAGCUGAAGGUGUUCUCUUUGAAGAUGAUGGUGAUGGGUAUGAAUUCACAACAGGUGGAUAUCUAUUGACAUACUACGUUGCUGAACUUCAAUCUUCAGUUGUUUCUGUUAGAGUUUCCAAAACCGAAGGAUCAUGGAAAAGGCCAAAGCGUGGUCUUCAUGUCCAAUUAUUGCUUGGUGGAGGUGCAAAGAUGGAUGCACAAGGCACUGAUGGAGAGGUUUUACAAAUUACGAUGCCUUCAGAACAUGAAGUGUCUGACCUGGUAUCUACAAGCAAGGAACAAUACAGGAAUCGUCUAGAAAGUGCUAAGCAUAUUCCAGAUGUACAAGAGGUUUCUGGCCAUAAGGGAAUAGAACUUUCAAGUACUCCUAUUGAACUGAAAAGUGGUGAUUGGGCUCUCAAAGUGGUCCCUUGGAUUGGGGGGAGAAUUAUUUCCAUGAUGCAUCUUCCUUCUGGAACUCAAUGGCUUCAUAGCAGGAUUGAAGCUAAUGGAUAUGAAGAAUACAGUGGUGUUGAGUACCGGUCAGCUGGAUGGUCUGAGGAAUAUACCAUUGUUGAGCAUAAUCUUGAGCAGGCAGGAGAGGAGGAAUCACUUAAGUUAGAAGGUGAAAUUGGUGGAGGAUUAGUCAUUGAGCGGCAAAUAUCCCUGCCAAAAGAUAAUUCCAAGGUUUUCCGAGUAGAUUCUGGCAUUAUAGCCCGUAACGUUGGUGCUGGCUCUGGUGGAUAUUCAAGGCUGGUUUGCCUCCGUGUGCACCCAAUGUUCAAUCUCUUGCACCCAACAGAAACUUUUGUCUCGUUUGUCUCCAUUGAUGGAUCUAAGCAUGAAGUUUGGCCUGAAGCUGGUGAGCAGUCUUACGAAGGGAAUCUUCGGCCUAAUGGUGAAUGGAUGCUGGUCGAUAAAUGUCUCGGGCUGGCUCUAGUGAACCGGUUCGACAUCACUGAAGUCCACAAGUGUCUCGUUCACUGGGGAACCGGAACAGUUAACUUAGAGCUGUGGUCGGAACAGAGACCGGUUUCCAAGCAAUCGCCUCUUAUGAUCGCCCAUGAAUAUGAGGUGAGAGUGAUCCCUUAGUUUGUUAUCUUCAACAUAAACCUGGAAUUUAAGUCAGAAGACUUCAAAACUUGGAACUGCAAGCUUACAUACUACUUAAGAAUGUUCUUCAGUUAUUACCUAAAUGCUUUUCGUGAUCAUUGAAUAUGCUUUGAGCUUCUAGGCUCUAUGAGAAUUUCGUCUGAACUCGCAGUUCGAAAUUGAUAUGUUAGUAGUAACCACAAAGAUUCUUUUCCUA